CCCUGUAUCGAAUUUUCUCUCCCCAAAAUUACCCAAUCAUCUCUCUACAUAUACAUAUAUAUAUUUGUGUGUAUGUUCCUCUGGCAUAAACGUCUUGGUUUUACUCUCUAACCCCUUUAAAACCCUUUAAUCGCAAAACCCUCUAAAUCUGAAGACUCAAAUCCACAACACAAAGGGUUUAUUUUUGUAAAGAAUUAGGUUUAUGCGUUAGAGGGAGAAACUAAGAAGUGUCAUAAACUUCUGAUUCGAUGGAGGCCGCGUCCGGUGUUGCCGCCGCCGCCGCACGCGGCGUUUCUUUGCCGAUGCCUUCCCGCAAAGAGUGGCGUGCUGUCUCCGAACAUUCGGCUCGGAACGCUGGUAACGAGGAGUUGGAGCGUUCAAAUUUAGGGCAAUCUGAUGAGAGAACCAUAUAUGAGGUGCAGCAGGGAGGAGAGCCGGUCGAUGUGGACUUCUGUUCGAUUAAUAUCAACGGAACUUUAGAUGAUGAUAUGCUGCAGCAGCGCCUUCACAGUGUGGCGAGUCAACGGGAGGAACUGCAACAGAUGGAGAUUGAGCUCCAUGCUCAGCUUAUUGCGAGAUCAGAUAUCAUGGAGAUGCAGAAUAGCUUUGACUUGCAGCUUAAAGAGCAUGCGAAUGCCAAUAUUAAGCUUCAGGAGCAAAUGCAUGAAAGGGAACAUACUUUACAUGAGUUGGAAAGGAAGAUGGAAGAGACAGAAAGAGAACUACAUGCUAUCAAAUUAGACAAUGAAGCGGCAUGGGCUAAGGAAGAUCUCCUGAGAGAACAAAACAAAGAACUGGCAACCUUCCGGAGGGAGCGUGAUAAUUCUGAAGCUGAAAGAGGCCAACAUCUCAAGCAGAUUCACGAUCUUCAAGAACAUAUUCAAGAAAAAGAGAGGCAGUUCAUGGAGUUGCAGGAACAGCAUAGGACUGCCCAGGAAACCAUUCUUUUGAAAGAUGAACAGUUAACGGAGGCUCAAGCUUGGAUUAGGCGUGUUCAGGAAAUGGAUGCCUUCCAGUCGACUACAAAUCACUCGUUACAUGCUGAACUGCGAGAACGUACAGAACAAUAUAACCAGCUCUGGCUUGGUUGUCAGAGACAGUUUGCUGAGAUGGAGAGGGUUUAUAUGCAUACAAUACAACAGCUCCAGCUUGAACUGGCCAAUGUAAAAGAAAGGGGUGGUAAUUAUUCUGAUGAUUCAAGUGGAGCCAAUUCGAAGGAAGUUUCUCAAUUUGGGCAGAAUAAUGGAAGCCAACCGGAUGGGAAUGGAAGUGGCACACCAAGUGAAAAUUCAGGGGUCUUUCCAAAUGGGAACUCUGAAAAUGUUUCAUCUUUUGUUUCAGCUGGCAAUGCAUCAACCCAGGCUGACCAUGUUCCUGGGGUUCCAAUUGCUCCUUCGUCCCUACUUGGGAUGCCGCCUACCUACCUUCCACCUGGUCAGAUGACUGCUCUGCAUCCAUUGGUUAUGCAUCAACAGGGGGUUUCCCACUCUGUACCGUCACACGUUAGUCAAUCUCAUAUUGGCCAUUUUCACACAGUACCAGUCAUUUCAUCCCAUCAAAAUUGGCAGAAUGAACAGACUGUAUCAGAAGGUUCGCAGAUGCCAACUCACAACCAAUAUCCUACACCUCAAAUUGAACAGAACUUGUUGAGAUCAGAUACUAAUUAUGACUGUGAAGUGUCCGCAAAUGGGCAAGUUCUUCAUCCAGACUAUUUGGGUGUCCAUGUCGGUCAAGGUGUGGAGCCUGAGUCUGUGAUCCCAUCAUCUGCUGAGGAAGGACAGGUUCUUGAGACGAUGGAUAAAAGCUAUCUAGUAGACUCCCAACCUCAACAGAUCUUGCAACAUCUUUCUUCCCAAUUUCAUGAUGCUUUAAGAUUAGACCCUCUUGCACAGAGUAGUGAGACCAAGGAGAAGAACGUUAUCACUUCGACUAAUAAUGGAUUAGAAGGCCAAGGCUCAACUACAGAACAAGCAAGUUCAGUUGCCAAUGCAUUAUCAAUUGAAACUCCCAACAAUCCUGUCAAUUUCAUUAAAACCACAGUAAAAAAUCCCAGCAAUGCAGUUUUGCCUGACGUGCUUGUCUCAUCUGGGCAGCAAGAUAUGCAUUCUGUGGGAAGGACUCCAGAGACUCCUCUUCUCGAUGAAAGAUCAUUGUUGGCUUGCAUUGUUCGUACAAUCCCACCUGGACCUGGUGGACGAAUUAGGAUUAGUACAACGCUUCCAAAUAGGCUUGGCAAAAUGAUUACACCUCUGCGUUGGCAUGAUUACAAAAAAAAGUAUGGAAAGCUUGAUGACUUAGUGGCAGGUCAUCCUGAAUUAUUUCUAGUUGAAGGGGACUAUAUACAGCUUCGAGAAGGUGCACAAGAAAUUAUAGCUGCUACUGCAGCUGUUGCUAGAGUUGCUGCGGCAACUGCUGGAUCGUCUUCUUAUUCGCCACUAUUGCCAUCCGUUGCUGUUACUCCCAUGGCACCAUCUCACCGACUGAAGAGGACCCCAUCUAUUGAUUCCAACCCUGUGAAGGCUGAGAAGACCAUACCUGCAAAUGCUUCACACCUUUCGGCAAUGCAGAGUCAGCAUCCUAAUGGUGUUUGCUACAAUAUCGCUGGAGGUAUCUCACAUGUAAAAAUUUUGAGCAAACCUAAAGAUCCUCUGGAACUGAAUGGACCUGAAACUAGGUCUGGCCAAUCGUCCGGACUAAUGACAGUAGGAAAUGGGGCAACUCCAGAUAGGUCAAGUUUGGUUGGCUCUCAAAGCAAGGGAUCAACUCAUGGGAGGUCCAGCGUGAAUUUUGUUGAGAAACAGCAUGGCAGGACAACUGGGGUCGCAUUGACUUCUAGAAGAUAGAGAAUUUGGAUUCUGUUAAUCUUUUGAUCAAAAGAGUGUCGGAUCAAGCAUACUGGGGAUGAUGACAGGUUUAAGGGAAAUUUGGUCUCUCAAGUUGGAAUCUCCUGUAUUCUUUUGCUCUUUAUAGAAUUGUCUGAUUCGAACCCUUCAGUCCAUUUAUUUUGUUCCGAUUCUUGUUUGAAAAAGUUUCUGUGAAUGUUCUCGCAUACUUGGCACUGUACAUCUAACGUUCUGCAGUGAUAUUUGUGUGCACAGUUGCAUUCUUGCAGUCUGAUGGCCAACUUUUUUUUUCC